GUUUGCUUUGGAUUUGCUCUGCUGGUGGCGCCCCCACAACGUUCGUACUUGAAUAGGUCACAUGCGAGAUCUCACCACGACUUGACGAAUAUCCUCGCCUCCUUACGAAUUUGCAUCUUGGCAUCGACUCCAUUCGGCGGCCUCGUCAAUUGGUUUCCGCGGCUGUAACCGCGGCCAUUUCACGUUUAUAGACUUUUAAGCCUCAAGCUCACAAACUACCGUUACAUCCACCGACUGAGGUUGCAUACACUACUACAUCUUAUCGCGAUGAUGUGUUUUGACAACUUCUCGCAGAUGUAUUCGAUAAUUUCGAUUUCAUGACAAUAAAUUACUUUGGCGUAAA